UUUUUCCGGGAAUUUAGGUUGCAAUGAUGAUUGCAUCAGAUGAACGAACAAAGAGAAUCGGAUGGAGAUAUUUGUUAUUUGUUAUUGUCAGUGCGUUUGGAAUUUUUUCUUACGUCAUAAUCUUUGAUCGGACAAAGUUUCAUGAACUGCUGUGCACAAUAAAUGGUCAGCUGGUUUCUAAUCAGUUCGAAACGCAGAAGAUAGUAUGGAGGAACAAAACAUUACUUCUAUUAGGACGAUUUGCAAACCGGUGCAAAAGCACUGAGAUAGUAAUUAACAAAAAGGUAUUAGAAGACGCUGAGGCGUUUAAACAGAGACAGUCGAAGGAGAACAGUAUUCCUCAACGCGACGUUGUCAAGGUCAACUGCAGCGGGUUGAUAACCGGAAGUAAUGCUACUUUGCAGGAAGUGAAACAACUAAUGACGAAUGUCAAACGACCGACUAUCCCCGAUUCUUACUUCAUAACUGAAACCAAAGAUUGUCACAUGUAUCGUCUGAAACGAGGCUACUUUCUUGAUAAUAUGACGUCAGAAGAGGAAAACUUUCCCAUAGCUUUCAGCAUUCUCAUGUUUAAACAUGUAAGUCAAGUUGAACGUCUUCUGCGCGCCAUUUAUCGUCCACAAAAUUAUUACUGUAUUCACCUGGAUAAAAAAGCUUCAGCUAAUAUAUCUGCUGCUGUUCACGGCAUUGCAAACUGUUUUAGUAAUGUGUUUCUGACGUCACGAUCAGUAGAUGUUAGAUGGGGAACAUUCACCGUUUUGGAACCGGAACUAAUCUGUAUGCAGGAACUGUGGAAGUACCGGAAGUGGAAGUAUUUCAUUAAUCUGACUGGACAAGAGUUCCCACUGAAGACGAAUUUGGACAUGGUGAGAAUACUAAAGGCUUACAAUGAUGCCAAUGACAUUGGGGCGACAAUAAAAAGGGCUAACAGAGAUCGCUGGGAAAAGGCUGGGAAACCGCCACACAACAUCCGGCCUGUCAAAGGAUCGGUGCACAUCGUGGCGAGUCGGGGAUUUGUCGAUUAUCUUCUUCACAACCAGACGUCCAAGGAUCUUCUCGAGUGGGUGAAGAAAACACACGUACCGGACGAGACCUACUUCAGCACUCUCAACCACAACCCACAUCUUGGCGUGCCGGGGUCCUACAAAGGCGAACCAGAACGUCGGACUUUGUCGCGGUUUAAGAACUGGGGAGAGUUACCAUGCGCUGGCAAGUUUGUCAGAAGUGUGUGCGUUCUCGGGGUCGGAGAUUUACCCUUGUUGGCGAAGGGGAAACAACUCUUUGCGAACAAAUUUCACCUGGAUUUUGAACCUUACGCUUUGGAUUGUAUCGAGGAAUGGCAUUACAACAGAACACGAGACGAAUAUUUAGGUGUUUCAAACUUUGAUAAUAGUUACUACAAAACACUGGAUUUUGUAACCAAUAAAAUAUAACUAAUACGCAGAGUUGGCUAAAACAAAAGGUACU